AUUUAAGAGAAGAAAGAAAAAGAACAGCUAUGGCCAAGGCAACUUCUUCUCUUGUUUUUCCUAUCAACUUCCUUGUGAUUUUUGCUUUAGUUCAGCAAAUGGCAGCAUGCGGGGCUAUUAUUGGCUCGUGCCGUGACAUUCCCAAUUGCGAUGGGUCAUGCAAGGCUAAGUUCGGAAUAAUUGCAAGUGGCUACUGUGACCAUGUUCCAGUGGGAUAUGGAGCUUGUAUUUGCUCUAAACCUUGUCCAAAAGAUAAAAUUCUUAUAUAAUUUAGGUACGAAUUUGAGAUCUCAAAGAAUUUGUGUAAAAGUAGGAAUUUAUAUUCAAAAUAAUGUAAUAGUCGUAAAAUAAUAUUUCCGAUCAAACUUUUUAUAUCAAUAAAAAUUACUUAUGAUAAAGAAAAAUGCUAGUAAUGGUUUUUGACCCAA